AUGAAUAGCAGCUCUUUCGCAAUCAAUUCGAGUUCCGGAGCUCAAUUUAAUAAUAAAGAGGGUAGCCAAAACAUUGUUACAAAGGGUACACUGAUUGCCGGCUCUACUUUCAAUGGAGAAGUGUAUUUCGACGUAAGAGACGAAGAAUCCCGAGCUGAAAUCCUUCAAAAGCUUCGUGUUUGGCUCUUGGGCAGUCACAUAGCCGACGAGAGAUAUGACAAUUCUAUUCGCAAACGACUGGAAAACACUUGCGACUGGAUUCUUGGUUAUCCGCUAUUUAAGAAAUGGCGAUCGCUACCAUCUUCAUCCCCAAAGUUGCUCUGGAUAUACGGACCACCAGGCUUUGGAAAAACGGUUCUCUGUGCUCGAAUAAUUCAACAUAUCAAGGAUGAGCAACAAGACCUUGUCGCUUAUUACUUCUUCUCAUCUGACCUCGAAAGUCACAAAGACCCUAUGGUCGCUAUGCGAUCGUGGAUCUACCAUAUGGCUUUGAACAAUGAACUGGUAGCUGAUGCCAUCGACAAAAAAUGGGCAUGUGGUGUGGCGGCUUCACAAACCGUCAUCAUCGACUUGUUCCGACUGGUAAUCAAGAUGGUUAAAAACUGUACACUUGUCGUCGACGGUCUCGACGAGUGCUCUCCGGGCAGCUCUUGCUUAUCCGUGGCCGAGUUUGUGAAUGAACUUGGCAAGGCGGUGGACGGCACGAAUACUAGAAUCCUUGUGAUAAGUCGAAAUGAACCUCAUAUCUACCGUGCCUUGACUUCUAUCAAGGGCGUGGAAUUUUCUCACUAUGAGGUGUGUGAGAAAGACGUCCGCUCAGAUAUAUAUGCGCUGUCAGAGCACAUCGUGGCAGAGAAACUAUCUAACGAAGGGACGCAUAUCCAAGCUGAAAUGGCUAAGAAUAUGAGUGACCGAAGUAAAGGUCAGUUUCUUUGGCUGAGGUUACAAAAGGACUAUCUGCGCGAAGGAUUGAGCCAGAAACAGCUUCGAGAUGCUGUGGAGGCAACGCCUGCUGAUCUUUCUCGUCUUUACGCUCGAGACUGGGCAAACAUCAGUAAACUCUCACGGAAUGAUCGGGCCAGAGCAGUCUCCUUAUUGCGUUUAGCUGCGUUCUCUCUCCGCCCUUUGACAGUUCGCGAGAUAAGUGAGGCCGUUCUUGUGGGUCAUGGGUAUGAAAACUUCCCAGUCCGUGAGCUUCCCAGACAUUGGAAUAGGAAAUACGUCAAAGAGAGGAUAUUAGAUCUUUGUCAUUCUCUUUUGGAGACCCGAAUGCGAAACUCUGAAACUCCUAUCGGAGAAUGGACAGUACAUCUCGUGCACUUCUCUGUCAAAGAAUUCUUGCUUACCCAUAUACCGUAUCAAAAGUCGACUCAGCGAAAUGGCUCAUCAAUGAUUGCAAUUGAGCAUGCCAUUCUAGCCAACCUAUGUAUCACUUAUAUGAGCUAUUCCUAUGCUUGGCAAGGCUCCGCAACCGAUGGGGUGCCGCACUCCAGUUCCUUUACAAACUAUGCAGCGAGAUUUUGGAAUAAACAUGCCGAAGCUGGAGCAGUUCAGCAAAACCAAUUAACAGAGAUGGAAAAGUUUUUUGAUGAGCAAAGCUCGUCGUGGAUCAUGUGGAGGAAGUGGUUCGAUUCAGCUAAUAAAGGCUGGGCCAAUACAAACUGCCACCCGGCCAUCCCUUUAUGUUAUGCAACAGAACUUGGAUUUGUCGACGUGGCUAUGGCCAUAGUCAAGAAGGGUAAGGUCCUCGUGAACUGCAACUCGAGUAAUCGCACAGCUCUGGGAGUUGCAUGCGCAAAGGGAUAUGAGGUUCUUGCUCGCGAACUUCUUGCAUACGGUGCCAAAGUCGUAAUCAGAGAUGCUCAGGGCCGAACCGCAUUACAUCAUGCGGCUUUGAAUGGCCACUCGGGGUUGGUAAAGCUUCUAAUUGACAAUGGAGCUGAUAUCGCGGUCCGAGAUUAUCAUGGAGUGUCUCCAUUCCUUGCUGCAAGCUCCAACGGCCAUCUGAGCAUCAUGAGGCGACUGAUCCAGAAGGGUGCCAAUAUCCAUCAGCUGGACAAGAACGGCGAUGGCGCACUCUCCAAAGCAAGCUCCAAUGGACAUAUUCAGGCGGCCAGGCUUCUCAUUGGAAUCGGCGCACAUCCCAAGUCGUCGGGUUAUCUUACGACUCCGCUCGGAAACAGGGCGUUGCAGAGCGGCUCUUUUCAUUUGGCUCGGCUCCUCAUUGAGCAUGAGAAAGAUCUCAACGCCAGGAGUCGAAUUGAAAAGCAGACAAUAUUGCAUAUCAUCUGUUUUAGCGGCAAAACCAAUAUUGUGAAACUGCUUGUUCAUUGUGGUGCGGAUCUUACGCUGCAAGACGUUUGGGGACAAACGCCUCUCUUCUUAGCAUGUUUCAAUGGUCAUUUUGAAAUCGCUGCCUUUCUGCUAGAAAAAGGCGCUGAUCACACCAUACUCGCCCAUAAUGGCCAAACACCGCUUUUUGUGGCAUGUAGUAAUGGCCAUAAUGAUAUUGUCAAACUGCUUCUAAAGUUUGGCGCCAAUCACACGAUAAGCACCGCAGAUACCGGGCAAACGCCGCUCAUUGCGGCUUGCUGCAAUGGGCAUUGCGAAGUUGUGAAACUCCUCAUCGAGAACGAAGUCGACAUAAUGACACCCGAUCGAGCGGGGAAAACGCCUCUGUACGCUGCAUGUGUCAAUGGUCAAUUAAAAGUGGCUAGACUACUCAUAAACAAUGGCGCUGAUAUCAACUUUGUUGAUACCAUGGAGAAUACGAUACUUUCUGCGGCAGCCUUUGCAGGGUCCUUUGAGGUCGUCCAAAUGCUAAUUGAAAAGGGCGUUGAUGUUUCUGCCGACCACUCAGACCGUUACGCCGCUAUCCUUAGAGCAUCCGAGGGAGGCUACACAAACAUUGUCGAGGUGCUGAUGAAGUUGGAAGUUGACGACAAUUGGCUUCCAAAUGUUCUAAACACAUCGCUUAUGAAGGCAUCUUGCAAUGGCCACGUUGAUGUUGUAUCACUGCUAUUGGAAUACGACGCAGACCCCAACGGUAUUGGCCCGCACGGUCUGACGCCCCUUUAUGGAGCAUGUUGCGAUGGCCAUAUAGAGGUGGCUAGGUUACUGAUCGAGAGAGGCGCUGACAUCAGGGCGAUUGAGGAAAAGGGGCAAACACCAUUACUCGCAGCAUGUGCGAAUGGCCAUGUCAACCUGGUAAAAUUGCUGGUGGAACAAGGUGCUGACCUUGAUGCUGUGAAUAUUGAGGGGAUGGGCGCGGCGUAUGCAGCAGCCUGCAAUGGUCAGCUAAAGGUGCUCCAGCUGCUUCUUUCAUGGGGUUCUGACAUCUUCACCAAAAGUCAGAGUGGCUGGCUGCCUAUUCAUAUAGCAUCAGAGAACGGCCACGCCAAGAUUGUUGAUCUUCUAAUUGAAAACGGAUCUGAUGUCAUGGUACAUGUAGACAACAAACAUGGCCGCACACCGCUUGUGUUAGCAAGUAUGAAUCACCAUGUUGACGUUGUCAAUGUUCUACUCAAGCAUGGCGUGGACAUUGAUGCCAGAGACUCUUUUGGGCAUACAUCACUCUUGAUAGCAAGCUGUGAGGGCGAUUUCAAGCUGGCUAAGCUGUUGGUUGAUAAUUGCGCCAAUGUCUCGGUCACAGAUAACAAAGGACGGACUCCGCUGUUUUGCGCCUGUCGCCAUGGAUAUCUCAAGAUCGUUCAACUCCUUCUUGAUAAUGGAGCAGAUAUGAGGCCCAACAAUAAAAGGCAGACGCCGGCUUACAUAGCGUCUUCUUACGGCCACAUCAAUGUUCUUCGGCUCUUGAUCAAACGGGGAGCUGAUGUCACCGCACCAGAUGGUUGGGGACAUACGCCAUUUCACGCUUCGUGUUUUUUCGGGCACAUCAAGCCGACAAAGCUAUUGUUCAGAGGGGCACUGGACAUCAACGCAGCUGAUCACGAAGGCUUCUGGCCAUUAUUUUCCGCAUCCGCAAAUGGCCAUGUGGCAAUAGUUCAAUACCUCAUUCUAAAAAGGGCUGCUCUCGCUAGCCAGGUCAGUGAUGGCCGGAAACCUCUUGUCAUCGCCGCUGCAAAUGGCCAUAUCAAAAUUGUUAAACUUUUGAUAGAGCGUGAUGUUGAUGCAGAUGAGGGUGUUGAUGCAGAUGACCCUGAUGGUGACGGAAAAACACCACUCUUUGCGGCAUGCGAAGCCGGUCACGUCCGCACAGCCCGCUAUUUGAUCAAAAAAGGCGUAAACAUCAACAAACCAGUUCAUCAUGCCACACCUCUCUUGUCUGCGUGUCUUCAUGGACACAUGGAAGUAGUCAAACUUCUUCUCCAAUAUGGUGCCGAUAUGAGUGUCACUGACCAGAAUGGGUUAACACCAGCUGAGGCGGCCGCUGAAAAAGGAUACAUGGAUAUAUUUAGGCUCUUAAAAGCCUAUGAUACACAAGUUAGCGAGCAUUGUGGAUCUCCAGCUCUACCUUACACGAUUGGAAAGAGGCAAUAUGAUGAACAACGGCAGAUGCAAAAGGCGGAAUGUGUUGACGAAAUAUGA